AUGUCUCUUUUCCUAUUUGUUCUUAUCCCUGCCUUCACAUCACACACAUACAUACAUACAUACUUAGCCAUACACAUUACCGUUAAUGGUUAUGCCAAGAUACGCUGGAUAAAAAAGGGCUAUCCACGUGAUAAUGAACGUGCCAUGUGUCGAGCCUAUCGUUCGUAUUUAUCGUCACGUUCAUAUGUUUUGGGCUCAUGCGGUGCAACAACUUAUAUGGAUUGGUUAGCUGGUGAAUACUCAUAUACAUUUCAUGUUAUACUGCCGGACAAUUUGCCAACAUCAUUUGAUGGGAAAUAUGGUCAAAUACAUUAUGAAAUAAUAACAACAAUAGAUAGACCAGGACGUUAUCCUAAAGUUUUUAAAUUGCCAUUUACCGUAAUACAGCCGUUAGAUUUAAAUGCCGAUGCCAUUUAUAGGGUACCUUUAGACAUUCUCGAUCGCAAACGAUUUUGGAGUUUUUGCUGUCCAACCGGUCCACUAACCGUUAAAUUCUCCACUCCCUAUUGCGGCUAUGCACCGGGUCAAAAAAUCCAUUUCGUUUUAUACAUCAACAAUGAAUCCUCCAUAGAUAUAACCGAAUGUGAUGUUAAACUAAAGCAAGAGGUCUCCUAUGAGACCCAUGAUCCCCAGCAUGAAUAUCGUUAUGAUAAACAUUUGAUUGCCUGCAAACAAUUUGGCAACGUUUUGCGCUGGAGUCGCAAAGUUUAUCGAGGGUAUUUAGAACUGCCAUCUAUACCGCCGACAUCGGUGAAAACAACGUGUCCUAUAACCGUUAAUUAUGCCAUUAAAAUUAUUAUAAAACCAACAGAGUUCCAUUGGAAAAUGAAAUUGAAAAUACCACUGACCAUCGGUAGUAUACCAAUUAUGGAUAAUGGUGGUGGCGAGGGAGGUAUUAGUGCCGUUGGUGGUGUUGGUGGAAAUGCUUUAGUUCAGUCGAAUAACAAUAGUAUAAUACGUGGUCCAUUGGAUAAUGAAUCGCCACCCAUGACAACAUUAGAUGAUGUUGGCAUUUUGGCUGAAGAAGAAGAUCCAAAUCAAAAUACACCCACUAUAAUGGUGACUGAUACAACAGACAAUCCUCCAGAUUAUAUAGCUAUGAUGCCCCCUUCCUAUGAGGAUGCAAUGGCUUUAAGUGAAAAAUUCUACGAUGACACCGAAUACAUGGAAAACGUGAGCAUGUCUAGCGUAGCAACCAAUACUAAAACGGAAAAUUUUAAACCACGCUAUCCCGUCUACUAUGAUUACGAAACGCCCAUUAUACCACCCGAGACCCUUUAUGAUGCCAUACCAACACGUUACCAUCAGCAACAUCAUCAUCAUUCUAUGGUAUUGCCAACGACGGAUAUGUCAUCAUCUUCGUUAGAAUUACAUCAUGUUAAAUCAUAUAAAAAAUUUCAAUUACUGCGUUACAUAAAGAAAUAGUUAAACGAUUUUUCUUACAUAAAUGUUAAAAAAAAAAAGAUAAACAGUCCGACAGAUAAUUUUAUGUUUCAUAUUUAAUUUUGUGUAUUUUUUUUUUCUUUUCUAGUUAGCAAAAAAUUUAUAUUAAAAAUACAAGAAAGUUGAAGAAAAGUAAUAAAAAUAUUAAUAAAAUUAUUGUAUAAUAAAAAGUGCCAUUUAAUACUUUCUUUGUCCCUUUAUUAAAACGUGAAAUUAAUAUUAUAAAUUUAAUAAAAAAAUAGUUAAUAAGAAUUUUUCUAAAAACAAAAAUAAUUAACUAAAACUAAUGAAACUCGGCUAAGUCGAAUUUUUAAACUUUACCAAACUGAUUUCUGUGGAAUAAACACAUAUUUGGGCUCUAAUAGUCUGACCCUGAAAGCAGCCAGAACCUGCUAACAGUGAGAAUACUUACUCUUAUACUGAUUUUCAUAACAACUGUGAUCAAUUAUGGUUAAAAAUGCAUAAAAUUUCUGAACCCAUUCCAUCUUUUCAAACCGAAUAACAUCAGCUGAACUCAGACACCUCCGCUCCGACAAUUUUAGUUACGACAACUUUAAUAUUUCACAAGAAACAUACCAAAUUAUUUCCAAAACAUUUUUUCUAAAAAUCUGUAACAAAUUUUAGGGGUCACCCAUAUGUUCCUAUUUCACCUAUAAAACCGAACAACUACACAUGAACUCAAAAAUACCUUUACUCCGACAAUUUCAUAUGAAAAAUUUCCAAAAUUUCGUUUUUGUUUCAAAAUAAAAUGUUGCUAAACCAAUGUACCAGAUUUUAGGGAUAAUCUAUUGGUCCCCAUUCUACCAAGAUAGUGUAAGUUUCAAUAUUUCACGAAAAAACAAAACAAAUUUUUUGCAAAAUAAAAUCUUUUUAAACCACUGUACAAACUUGAGAAAGCAAUUAACAAAAAUAAUUUGGUAAAGUUUACUCAAAAAUAAUAAAAUAUUAAAAAAAAAACUAUAACAAAAAUUAUAUAAUCAUAACAACAACAAAAACAAAAUUUACUCUUAAG